AUGCCAGAUGAAGUGGACCUGUUGCAAAAGGAGGAGAACGAGCUGACACGAGAGAAGGAAAUUGGCAGGAUUCUUUCCACUUUCAAAUUGGACAGCUAUGCCAUCUUGGAUUUGAAACCAGGUUGUUCUCCGGAAGAUAUAAGAAAGACUUUCCGCAAAAAGUCUUUGCUGAUCCAUCCAGACAAGACUCCGAAUAAACGAGCUCCAGAUGCUUUUGACACCCUGAAAAAGGCCCAUGCUAACCUUGUGGAUGACUCGAUUAGGGAGCAACUGGAUUCCUCGUAUGCCGAAGCACGUAGAUUAUUGAUAAGAGAAAGAAAGUGGAACAUUGAUGAUGCCCGGUUGAAUUCAUCCAGUUUUUUGGUGGAUUGGAGAGAGAAAAUCAAAGAACUGCUCUUGGAAGAAGAACUGCUGAAAAGGCUUGAAAAAAAACGAAAGAUGGAGGAAGAAGGCCAAGUGCAACAGAAGAAAGAAGAACAAUUGAAGGAAACAGAAGGCAAGAGGUUGCAGCAACAGAAAUGGGAAGAUACUAGAGAGUCGAGAGUGCAAAACUGGAGGUCUUUCGUUAAAAAGAAGAGGAAGAAAUCUAAAGAUGUAUUGGCAUGA